AUGGGAGCACAAAUGGGAGAAAAAAUGAGCCAAGAUGAAGGAAAUAACAAUUACAAAGGUCACAUUCGCGCGAUGAAGGGACAAGGGGAUGUCUGGUUUGCCACGGAAAAAGGUACUGUACCAAACAUGCAAGGGCAAAGUAGGUUAGAACAAAGUAGUCAGGUCCCCAAAUGGGCUUCUACAGCAUAUGGGCAUUCCCCCAAUUGGCCCAUGCAGAAUAGGGGUGCCUCCUAUUGGCGCCCAAGAGGAAGCUUUCAUAAUAACCGCAUAGGAAGACACCCCUGGGGCGAAGCUCCUGGUGCACAAAAUCAAAACAUGCUCAGCAACAACCGUUGGAGGGCCCACCACGCGGAGGUUGGUUGCCAACGUGAGCAACGUGCGCACGGACCAUUAGCACCACCAGAUGGAAAUUAUUUAAAAAAUUAUUUUUCCUCCUACGGAAAUGGCUACGUGGACGACGGUAGCGGCGAUGGCAGUUGCGGAUAUCACUACCCUGGCGCCCCCCAGCAGGAUUCCGAAAGGGAGAACGCCCGUCCGUAUAAUGGCGGCAGGGGGGGUGCUUCCCGCACCGUUGGUAGUAGUGGCCCUAGUAGGACAAUUCAUCCUCCGCCGCCCUCUGACUAUGCUAAACCAAGGGUAAUGUACCAUAGUGGGUACCCUCAAAUGGGUAGCAAAAAUGGCGAUGAUGAAGAUAUGGAGGAUCCCUACCAGGGAAGCACCAACAUGGUGGAUAAUGCAAAUAGUGCAGACGGUAACCACUGGAUAAGUCACACGAUGGAUAACUCCUACGAGAGUAGAAAUUGCCCUCCUGGAGAAUUUCCUAUGAUGGGAGGUUUGUAUAACUUCCGUAAAGGCAACGACGGUGUUGGGUUCCCUUCGACGAACUCGUUUGUAGCCCCACCGCACAGGAACCGUGGAAUGAGGGGAGGCACCCAUUGGAAAAAAUGGACUGAAGAACGGAAUGCACAGAAGUGUUCAUCAGUUAAGAAGCAUGGUGGGAAAAAAAGACAAAAAGUGGAUUUCCCCCUUAUUAGUGAGUCGAAAAACGUGGAAAUAGAUCCGAAAAAAGGAAACAGAGCGGAUGAUGGUGAUGACCAGGUUGGUGAUAAUAAUGAUGGGCACGGUGGUGAUGAUAAUGACACGAAUGAGGAAGAUGACGAUGAUGAUGGUGAUGGAGUUGGCCCCAAAGGAAUAAAUGUGCAGAUGGAAAAAAGUAAAGAAAAUAAUAAGUUCAUUUUUUGCCACUAUUGUGAUGUAAACAUAGAAGCUGGGAAAUUGGAGGAACACAACCAAAGUGAGCAUAUAAAGUGCCCCAUCGAUAACUGCGGGCAAAUUUACAGCAUUGACGAUCUGGAUGUCCACCUGCUAAACCAUAUAAAGAAUGACAAGGAUGAAGUGAUCCUGAACGACUCCAAAGAAAUUGAAAAGUGGAUCCAAGAAAGGAAAAAAAAUUAUCCAACCAGAGAAAAAAUAGCCAUCAACAAGGAGAAUAGUGAAAAUGGAAAAAAAAAAAAAAAAAAAAAACCAAAUUGCUUAAUUGAGGAAUUAUUAUUUGAGAGCUACUGCUCAGCUGUCGGGCGAAAUAUAUAUUUCAAUAAUAAAUGGGAGAAAUCUAUUUUCGUUCCCCUUUUAACCAAGCUGGAACAAAAUGGCUUGCACAACAUAUAUGAAAAUAGUUACUAUCCACUUUUUAACAACUCCAUGGGGAAAUUUUACCCAGCGAAUAUGCGAAGGAGACCAUUUAAGCAAAGGCAACUUAUAGACACACUAAAUAUUCACAGGAAGUCUCCCUUGCUGUACCAGCUGAUGAAAAAGGAAAUUUAUCUGUACGAGAAGAAGCUGAUCAAGUGCAUCGAGUUCAUCACGCGCAGUGACUUCUUCGAUGACACCGAGGGGGGCGCAGCCGGCACAGAUAUCCUCGAACUGGGCUAA